ACAAUCCAAAUCUGCCUUGCAAGACUUAUUUUCAGGCGGGAUAAACGAGGAAUAAAUAUUUCGAGCAAUCCGUCUUUGCAUCUCAUUCCUUGCUGUCUCAGAGCCAUUGUUGCUGCCUUACUGCACAGCGUCCAAGAUGACACAGACAGCGAGGAUAACUCCAGACGGGGACGACAGUUCAACCUUGUCCCCUCACUCCCACGCUCAGACUCGGCCUACAGCCGCUCCUUCCUCUUCUACUUUUGAUUUCUCCCCGCCCAGUGAUUCCAGGUUCGCGUUCAACACUCCUCCCACCGCGGCCUCCUUCAGUUUCUCCCCACACAGUACCAGUAGUUUCCCAUUUGUGUUUACUCCCUCUUCAUCCAGAGGCUCCCAUUCUACAAGUGCACGAGUCACCGAUAGCCCUGAGACCCCGUCCCGAUCAGGUCGUCGUAUAUUCACACCACCAUCUCGGGCAACAACUACUUCAACGACACGAGCUCUCUUUUCGGCCCUUGAUCUUGGUUCCAGCUCGCCCGAAGCGCCAGGGCGACCGUCUUCCCCUGACCAUAGACAAUUUCAGAGCUCCAAUCUUUCCCCUCAUGUCAACGUGUCGACAUACAGAGAUCUCUAUAAUGCCACCCCGAGCCCGCAGCCUGGCCCUUCCAGUCGCCCAAAUCAAACAAACGCCCCGAAUAUCGAUUCACCAUCUCCCUCUAGUCUUUUAACUUCAGGCGUUCAUAACCUAAUAAUUCAGAGUAUUGAGCCUCCAGCAGCUGAAGGUGAAGGCUACGACAACGCUGAUCUCAGCUCGGACUAUGACAGCGAGGAUGGAAGUGUUGAUGACUCCACGUACAACGUGCGGGAUGAAGAACUUCCUGAUGCCCCUAUAUACAAUUCUCAACUGCAAAAUUUACUGAGGGAUGUGCGGAGCAAUCUCUUGGGCCUCGUGAGGUCGAUGCAGGCCUCCCAGAUGGUGCAGGAUGGUAACACCCAUGUCAGUGACCUUUACAGACAAGCCGAGACCGAGAGCAAAUUUGAGUACCCGCAAAGUCGUAUAGUUGGUUUUAUCGGGGACUCGGGUGUUGGUAAAAGUAGCCUCAUCAAUUCACUUCUCGACUGUGGGGGAAUUGCACGUUCGAGUGGGAGCGGAGAAGCCUGCACUUCUGUUGUGACCGAGUUCCGACAAGUAGACGAGACACAUCCUCACCCAUAUACUAUCGAGGCGGAUUUCAUGACGACUGAUGAAAUGAAUGAACUUCUCCGUGAGCUAUUGAUGGCCUACCGGAUACGCCAUACUAGAGCUUUCAACGAAGAUCUCGCGGAGGGAGAGGCCGAUAGAAUAACGAGAUUAUCGGAAAGGUCAUGGACGACGUUGCAAUCGUUGUUCCCAAAUGAAGGCGACUUGACCGAAGCCUUUUUGUCAAAUGAGGAACCGGAUGCGGAGGACCGAAUCCUUGCCCGUCUUAGGGAAUGGGCCAUGGCUGGGUUAAACCAUCGGCCUGGUGGGUCAGAUGCUCUUCACUAUACGAUUAGGGCACGGGAUAUACGUCACUGUAGGGAGAACAUCGACAUACUUACUGUGGCAUCUCGGGAACCACAAAGGCCAGCUCUCUGGCCAUUUGUCAAGCUAAUAAGGGUAUAUAUCAGGUCAAGCAUUUUACGAACGGGUUUGGUAGUUGCGGAUAUGCCAGGAUUUCGAGAUAUGAACUACGCCAGGGUGCGAGCUACUGAGAAAUACCUUCGUAACACUUGUGACGAGGUAUUUAUUGUUAGUGAAAUCAACCGGUGCAGAUCGGAUCCCUCAAUCGAAGAAAUUUGGGACAAAUGCAUUCGCAACCAGCCCAUGCGAAUAGUGUGUACUAAAUCAGAAACUGAACUGGAUGGUGAAGAAAUUAUAAGGGACCCUAAAAUGCCAGCUAGGGUAAUAACAGAGACCAGGCGGCUGUUAGAUCGGAUUGAGCAAGCUAGAAGAUCACUUAGGAGAUUGGGCCGGCGUCGGCGUGAUUCAUCUGGAGCACAGCAAGCGCAGUACGCUCUACAGGAGGCACAACAAAACGACGAGCUAGGGAGGCUUGAGCUCGAGCGCAAGACGCUUCUUAUCAACGCGCGCAACGAGAUAUCGAGGACGCAUCUUUCCAGAAAAUACCAGGCCAACAUUAAGGUUUUCUGUGUGAGCAAAGAAUUGUACGAGAAUUACCGUGGAGGCGAGAGGGAGCAAGCUACCGAGUAUAUCCGGCUGAGCGGCAUCCCCGAGUUGCGACAAUAUUGCCAAUUGGUACCAGCAGACGCGCAGUUCCGAGAAACAGAUACCUUUCUUAGAAUCCGUGUACCUGCUCUUCUCGGAUCUCUGAACCAAUGGGUACUGGCCGGAUCAAAUGACGUUACGGCUGACAGAGCCGAAACCCUUCGCCGGGUUCUGGAUGAGGCGCAGAGGACUUUGCAUUCAUGCCUCAUAUCUCGUGGGUCGUGCAUCCGGUCCGUCAAAACAGAGCUUGAGUCAAUGUUCGAAAGUUCCAUCACCCGUUACAUUCGCAGCUUACAAGUCCAAAGAAGAUGGAAAGAUGGAGCCAUCAGAGCAUCUCGAAAUUGGAGUUCCAUGCAUCACUCGAGCUAUGCCGCAUUUUGUCGAAAAUAUGGAGUCCAUAAAAUCGGCGAAGAAAGUGUGCGUUAUUGGAACAACGAAGUUCUUCAGGAUGCGAGUGAGGAGCUCCAUCAGUGUCGGAGCACACUGAUGGAGUGGCUGGAUGGCCAACAAAAUACCACUGAAGAUCAAAUUUAUGCUAUUUUUAGUGUUGUGUCUACUUCUAUCGAAGUGUAUACGCACCUUUCGCCGGCAUCCAUAGAGAACCUCCUUGAUAACCUGGACUCUCAGAGACGUGGGAUAGCUUACACCACCCAAAGGGCAUUUGAACAUCUUCUACUUCAAACUAGACGAGUUACCCGGGAUGUCCUCGACGGACACAGCAGCAGCUCGUAUAUUGCUGAGAUUAUGCGCCCGGCUUAUCAUUAUUGUAACAUGGAGUCAGGCACCGGAAGUGAUCGCCGACGAAAGGACCUCAUGGAAAAGUACGUACGGAAUCAAGAUAUAUUUCGGCAGCUGUCCACAAGAGCUAAAAUGGAUUAUGAUGCCAUUAUAAAUGCUACUUUUGCUGAUUUGGAGCGCAAACUGAAUGAGGAGGUACGGAAUAUCACCCGAGAUUUGGGAGUUGUCAUCGCAGUUGAGGGCGAGGUACCAGAGGCCAGACACGAGAUUGAGCUGGCGCAGAGAGUGAGAGACGGCGUCUCGCAGUUGCAGGCUCAAGUGAAUGAGGCUCACUUGAUUAUUAACCGAUUGCAAGGCGGCGUUACACGGUCAGCUUAGCACACUCCUUUGCAUAGGCUGGCGGGAAUAUGGCUGGCGGCGUGACUAUAUUUUAGUAUGAAUGCUAUAUUGAUGUUCAGAAUUCACCAGGUUCACUGUUAUAUUAUCAGCCCUCAAGCUAUUCAUUGUCUAGAGAGAAACCAUGUUGAGCUUGUAUGCCACUGCGAGUCUGGACUUUCACUGUGAAGAUGAGACCCGCCUGGCUUGUUCUUUGUCUCAGC